AUGAGCCGGCUACCAGACCCUGUUUCUGCGAACGGCAGGAUCGAACACCUCCAAGACUUCACCUCGUUAGACUGGUGUCGAGAACUCCUCUCCGACCCAUCGAUGAUACACAUACGGAAGCGCCAGUCAGCCGACCUAGAUGUCUCGAACACGUUCUUCAACACAACCCUCUUUACGGAUGAGGCGCUACGCGCGUACUUGUCAAUGUACAAGGUCGGCAAGAUCGAUCAGCAAAACAACGAGCCAUCUACAUUAUCAAAGGAGGAAUAUGUGUGGAGUCCCAUAGAUCCAGACAUACCAGAGACGUUACUCCUGGUCAGCCUUGGACGAGAUGUGGACGGUGCAGUGCGGCGGUUACAUGGAGGCAUCACGGCGGCAUUGCUUGACCAAGUGAUGGGUUAUUCGGUACAUUAUUUGAAUAAUAUCGGCAGCGCAACCGCCGACCUGAACAUCAAAUACAAAGCGGCAGUCACUACGCCAUGUGUGUUGCUCUGCAGAUCGAAAGUGGUCAGGCAGAAGGGCAGAUGGAUUGAGACUGUCGGGUGGAUCGAAGACGGCCAUGGGAAGAUCUUUGCAGAGGGUAAGGGCUCAUUUGUCUUGAAGAAAGCGCUGGCCACUGCUGCAAAGAUUUGA